GGAAGUGUAGCAGCUCUCUCUCUCUCUCUCCCCCCUCCGCCUCGAAGAUAGAUAUGGAGGGCUUGGACCCGGCAGAGCGUAGGUAUUUGGAGGAUGAGGAUAGUCCUACCAUGAAGACAGUUAAGGGCGCGACCACUGGAUUGGUUGCCGGAACUAUAUUUGGGACCGUGGUUGCGACCUGGUAUGAUGUGCCUCGUGUUGAGAGAAGUGUAGCCCUGCCGGGGCUGUUGAGGACCCUGAAGAUGAUGGGGAACUAUGGGGUGACGUUUGCCGCAAUUGGGGGAGUUUACAUUGGUGUGGAGCAGCUUGUGCAGCAUUAUAGGUCCAAGAGGGACUUUGUCAAUGGAGCUGUCGGUGGUUUUCUUGCUGGAUCAACUAUUCUAGGUUACAAAGGAAAAAGCAUUCCAACUGCAAUUUCUGCUGGAGCCGCCUUGGCAGUCACUUCUGCACUCAUUGAUGCUGGAGGCCAGACAACAAGAAUUGAUAACGGCAAGGAGUACUAUCCCUAUACCACCAAGAAAAGAUCCACUGCUGAUUCAUAAACUCACCAAUGUGACGCUUUCAGAGGAAGAUAUUGGCGAGCAAAUGAAACCAGAACUUUUUCUUGAUUUGGCUGGUUUGUGGAGAUGUUAUCAUACUCUUAGCUGUCUUCCUCCGCUGUUUAGAAUUGAAGUUUUUGACCUUGAAUGGAUGUUUUGAAUAAAUCUGUUAUUUCACCCUAGCAUUGAAAUGUUAACAUAAUAUGUUGGUGGAAGUAUAAAUUGAUCUGUACAAGGAGUACUGCAAUAAUUACAGUAAUUCCUAUUUUCGUUGUUGA